CAUGAACCGAGUUAUUAUCAUUAUUAAUUAUUAUCAUCUUGAUUCACGCUGUUCGGCAUUAAAUUUGUGGGGUGUCGUACUAUUGUGCACAAGUCGAAUUUAGGAUAUUAUAUCCUGGUCUCUUAAUAAUCGGAAAAAUUAAUUAUCAUACGACAUAAAUUAUUUCAUAGUUUUCUUUCAUUUGCCAUGUCUCUUGCAGAACCUAGAAAACGACGGAAGAAUGCCAUUCAAAGUAUUAAUUUAUCAGCCCAAAAUCACUGGUCAAAUGAUGAUUCAAAGUUUGGCCAGCGGAUGCUUGAAAAAUUUGGUUGGUCCAAAGGAUCUGGUCUUGGAAAAAAUAAGCAAGGGAUAUCAGAAAACAUAAGAGUUGAUCAAAAAUUGCACUCUACAGGACUAGGAUUUAUAGCAAAUAAUGCAGAUGAUUGGUUCAAAGCAGGCGAAGAUUAUUCACGCUUAUUAUCACAAUUAACAGAGAAGUUUGACCAAUACCAAGCACUAUCAGAAUCAAAUGACGAUACAACUUCUAAAAAAUCCCUUGUUCAAAAUUCAUUAAAUUCAAGAUCAAGAGUUCAUUAUCAUAAAUUUACCAAGGGAAAAGAUUUAACACAAUAUAAAAGAGAAGAAUUGACAUGCAUAUUAGGGAAAGGUGUUAAAGAUAAUGGUGAAUGUUUAAAUGGUUUAAACAUGAAAGAAUAUUUUGAAUCCAAAAAAGAACGUAAAAAAUUAAAAAUAGAUAAACAUGAUACAUCAUCAAGUGUUGAAGAUUGUAUGACUAUUAAUGAUAACAAUAAGCAAGAAGAAAUUGCUAUCAAAGAAGAAUCUGAAACUCAAACUGAAGAACACGAAAUAAAUACAGUACUACUGAAAAAGAAUAAACGCAGAGCCAAACAGCUAAAGGAUACUGAACUUUUACCUUCAAAUGCAGAUGAAAUUCAGUUAAAGAAAAAAAAGAAAAAAACGAAAGAACUCACGUGUGAAAAAAAUGAUGACAUAGAACUGUCAAAGAAAGAUAAAUUACCUAUCAAUGAGAAUUUAGAUGAAAUAUCAAAAGAAGAUGACAACGAAACAUUAGUAAAAAGUGAUACUGAUGAAGAAGACUCGGAGUUGGUUUUGACACAUAAAUAUCAAAAUUUAGUUGAUCUUUUAAUAGAGAACAGUUCUGCUGGUACUAAAUUUUGUAAAGAUUCGCCUAGUCCUUUGUUCCAGAAAAAAAUGAAAGAGUUUGCUGACAGUGUUUCACGCCAAUGUUCGACCACAGUUGGUUCUACUGAAAUUAAAUCAUCAUCAAAAAAAGAAACGACCUUUAAACCAAUAACUUUAAAUCCAGAUGAUAAAAAUUUUAUCAAAGACUUUGAAGAACAGAAAUCCAAAACUCUUGAGAUUAUAGCUAAACGUCAACAAUUAGCAAAAUAUGUAAAUGAAAAAUCUAUGUUUAUUGCCAACCAUGGUGAUGUGUUAUUCUUUGGUAGUAAUAUUAAUGAUAUCAAAGGCUAUGGUGAAUGGUAAAUUAAAUUUUAUAAUAAAUAAUAAUAUUUUUCAAUA